CAAUAAUUCCUCAAAAUGCAUUCUUCUGAAUCAUCUUCCGUAGAAGAGAGUAAAAAUUUUAGCCAAAACGACCAGGUUUCGAUCAAAUCAAUCGUGGUGAUAUCGGAGAUAAAUCAAGGAAAAGACAUCGAAUAUCUGAAAAUGAUAGCACGAUUACCAUUGGUACAAAAACCAUUUUAUUCAGAUGACGAUCUAAACAACAACCAGAAGAGGCCUAUUCCUUUGAAUGAUGAUGGCUAUGAUGAUGACCCGGAAGACGAAGACUCUGAUGAAGAUGAAGUCAGAAACAGGAGAGUCUUUUGAGAUCCAAGAUUCAGAAUGGAGAAAGAAGCAAUCGUGAGCCAGACUAGAUAUGGCCUCCUGUUUUAUUUCCUAACCGCAGCGAUAUUGGCAGCCAUGAUUUUGACAUAUUAUAGAGAGCCUACAGAGCCUGAGACUCGAGUGACAGGGUUCCUUGAAGGGCGGGUUUACUCAGAAAAUGAUGAUGGUUCAAUACGCUUGUGGGAUAUACGAGACACGCAGGUUCCAAGUUAUGCUUAUCAACAAAUUUUUGUACCAACAGUGGUAAGGGUUGUUGAAAAUCAGUCCCAAGGAAGAUGCCAGGAUAGGACCAUUAACUGAACCACGACUAGCGAUUGAUUACUUGCAAUGAAUUAUCUCUACUCCACUCGUGGCUCUGAUAUGGACAUCACAGCUCAAUAUGGAGCAGCAGAGUGUCAAGAUGGAUUUUGAAUGAUGAUGAGUUGGUGUCCAAGCUUUAGCGAAGACAGCUACACAGAACACAUCCUUAGAGGUGUUUUGAACCAAAACAUUAUUAUCAAAGGUCAGGUAAGAGACGAACUAGGAGAUGAAAAACAUGAUGAGAUUGAUCAAAGGAUCUAUUACCCAGAUCCUGGAGCUAACGUGUUUAAAGUAUCUGACAUCUUGAAUAUUUCAGGGAUUCGAGAAUUUGACACUGUGAGAGGUAAUGGAGCAAUCAUACUUCUUGAACUUGAUUGGAACUGAAUUGAGGACACAGACGAUGAUGAUUGCAAGAAAGGAGUAGCAGCUAGAUGGAUGGACCAAGAGACAAGAAAUGGCUAUUUCCAAUACCAGGUAAAUUACCAGUACCAAUUGGACUCAGGAGUUCCUAGGAAUGUUCGAGACGAAAUGAGAAUCACAGGGCUACAAAUAUAUUUGCUCCUGAACGCAGACGAAUAUGGCUUAGAUUUUUAUGAUUUAUCAAUGAUGAUAUGAGGAUUUGUUGGAAUAAUAUACUUGCUGAGAAAUAUCAUGUUAUUCAUCGUCUGGUAUUUCUUACCAAACGGGAUUAACUGGCAUACCUUCAAAUAUGAAGCAAUUGUGCGAGAAUAA